AUGAAGUUCAUCACCUGCCUUGCGGGCCUCUUGGCCGCCGUGACCCAAAUACAGGCCGCGGCCGUCAUCGCCCACUUUAUGCUCAUCAACACCAAGAACUACACCAUGAGCGACUUUGAGGAUGACUUCAAGCUCGCCAAGGAGGCUCACAUCGAUGCCUUCGCGCUCAACAUGGGCAUGACGGACCCGCACACCGCCGAAGCCCUCGACGUCGCCUUCACUGCCGCCGCCAAGGUCGGUUUCCACCUGCUCUUCUCCUUCGACUACAUGGGCGGUGAGCACGGCGGUGCGCCGUGGCCCGUGGAGACCAUCCUCGAGAUGGGAGACACGUACUUCCAGCGCGAGGAGUACCUCAAGUACGGCGGCAAGCCCGUGGCUUCAACAUUUGAGGGCACCGAGAACGCCGAGGACUGGAUUGAGAUCAAGAACAAGACAGGCGCCUUUUUCAUCCCUGACUGGUCGUCUGUUUCUCCCGAAGAGGCCCUCGGUCUUGCGGGUGGCAUCGCCGAUGGUCUGUUCAGCUGGAACGCCUGGCCCAUUGGAAGCACCAAUAUGGACACCAAGGGUGACGCUGCCUAUAUCUGGGCUCUUCAGGGGAAGCCUUACAUGAUGCCUGUCUCCCCAUGGUUCUACACCAACCUUCCUGGGUACAAGAAGAACUGGGUUUGGCGUGGUGAUGAUCUCUGGUAUGACCGCUGGAAGCAGGUCUUGGACAUGCAGCCUGACUUCGUCCAAAUCAUCUCAUGGAACGACUACGGAGAGUCCCACCACAUCGGCCCCGUCCGCUCCAACGCUCUCGAGGCCUUCUCCGUCGGCGAGGCCCCCUUCAACUACGCCCUCGACCAUCCCCACGAUGGCUGGCGCCACUUCCUCCCCUACCUCAUCGACACCUACAAGCGUGCCAUCCCCGCCUCCAUCACCGAGGAGGGCUUCAUGGCAUGGUACCGCGGCUCGCCCGCCCUCGCCUGCGCCGACGGCGGAACCGUCGGCAACUCCAUCACCCAGGCGCAGAAAACCAUGGCCGUGUCCCAGGUCGUCCAGGACAGGAUCUUCUUCUCCGCCCUUCUCAACUCCACCGCCGAGGUCACCGUCUCCGUCAACGGCAAGACGCAGAAGGGCAACUGGACAUCCGUCCCAGACGGCGGCAAGGGUGUCUACCAUGGCAGUGUGCCCUUCACCGAGGGAGGCGACGUCGUCGUCACCAUGGCCAAGUACGGCAUUGAGAUUGCCAAGAUCGAGGGCAAGAAGAUCCUGACGGAUUGCCCUGACGGUCUGACUAAUUGGAACGCCUGGGUUGGAAGCACCGAGGCGCUGCAUGUUGACGAUCCCAACCCGACGCCGACGCAGACUGGCGAUGGCCCCAAGAGCACUGCCUCCAGUGAUGAUGACUCUGCUGCCAUGUCUCUGAGUCAAAGUCGUGGUCUUGUGUAUAUGGUUGUAGCCCUUGUGAGCUUGAUUGUUGCCGGCGCUGUGUGA